UGGUCUUAUUGUUCCAGAGAAAGACAGCAACGAAACGGUCCCAGAGGUGGUUGCUACUUCUGGCUAUGCCCUCCUGCACUUCUUCAGUGAUGCUGCCUAUAAUUUAACAGGAUUUAACAUCACCUACAAUUUCAAUAUGUGUCCCAAUAACUGCUCUGGCCGAGGAGAGUGCAAGCUCAAUAACAGCAGCAAUGCUCUUGAAUGUGAAUGUGCCAAAUACUGGAAGGGAGAAGCCUGUGACAUUCCCUACUGCACAGAUGAUUGUGGGGCACCCGAGAGGGGACACUGCAACUUAAAUGAUACCAAGGCAUGUUCUUGCUCUGCAGGCUGGCAAGGUCCUGGCUGUUCAAUUCCUGUCCCUGCAAACCAGUCGUUUUGGACCCGGGAGGAAUACUCUCUUCCAAAACUUCCCAGAGCAUCUCACAAAGCUGUAAUCCACGAGGACAAAAUGUGGAUUGUUGGAGGCUAUGUCUUCAAUCACUCUGACUCUCAGAAGGUUUUGGCGUAUGAUCUUAUUUCUGAGGAGUGGCUUCCACUGAACAACACUGUGAACGCCGUAGAGAUGAGAUAUGGUCAUUCAUUGGCACUGCAUAAGGAUGACAUAUACAUGUACGGUGGGAAGAUCGACGCGACGGGGAACGUCAGCAGCCAACUGUGGGUGUUCCACAUCCCCACCCAGAGCUGGACCCUGGCCUCCCCCAAGGCCAAGGAGCAGUAUGCUGUGGUUGGCCACUCGGCUCACAUCGUCACCCUGCAGGACAACAGCACGGUCAUGCUGGUCAUCUUUGGGCACUGUCCUCUUUAUGGGUACAUCAGCAACGUCCAGGAGUACAACCUGGCCACCAAUACCUGGAACAUUUUACAGACAAGUGGAGCUUUGGUGCAAGGAGGGUAUGGUCACAGCAGCGUUUAUGACCCAAAUACCAGAUCCAUCUAUAUCCACGGAGGUUACAAAGCCUUCAGUGCCAACAAAUACAGGCUGGCAGAUGACUUGUACAAAUAUGAGGUCGAUUCCCGGAUGUGGACAAUUCUCAAAGACAGCCGCUUCUUCCGCUACCUGCACACGGCCGUGAUCACCAGUGGGACCAUGCUGGUGUUUGGAGGCAACACCCACAACGACACCUCCAUGAGCCACGGGGCCAAGUGCUUUUCUUCAGACUUCAUGGCCUAUGACAUUGCCUGUGAUCGGUGGUCUGUCCUUCCCCGCCCGGCGCUCCACCACGACGUCAACAGGUUUGGACACUCUGCUGUGCUCUACAACAGCACCAUGUACGUAUUUGGAGGCUUCAACAGCCUCCUCCUGAGUGACAUCCUGCAGUACACACCUGAGAGGUGUGAAGCCUUUGAGAAUGAGACCUCCUGCUGGAGAGCUGGCCCCGGGGUGCGCUGCGUGUGGGCCUCUCCUCGCUGCCUCCCCUGGGAGCUGGCCACCCCGCAGCUGCAGCAGAAGGUCUUCGAAGACUGUCCUCCCAGGCCAGCUGUAGACAAUGAAAAAUGUGAUCAGAUUACAGACUGCUAUAGCUGCACAGCAAACACAAACAGCUGCCAGUGGUGCACUGACCAGUGCGUCUCCAUCCAUAACAACUGCACAGAGGAGCAGGUUCCUAUUACUCUCUAUGACAACUGUCCCAAGGAUAACCCAGCCUAUUACUGUAAUAAAAAGACAAGUUGUAAAAGCUGUGCCAUGGAUCAGAACUGCCAGUGGGAGCCCAGGAAUCAGGAGUGCAUCGCGCUGCCAGAAAAUAUCUGCGGAACCAACUGGCAUUUGGUUGGCAACUACUGCUUGAAAAUAACCAAUGCAAAGGAGAACUAUGAUCAUGCCAAGCUGUCCUGCAGGUCCAACGGUGCGUUGCUGGCCUCUCUCACCACCCAGAAGAAGGUGGAAUUUGUUCUAAAGGAGCUGCAGAAGAUGCAGUCCUCGCCCAAAACGUUGACGCCGUGGGUUGGACUGAGGAAAAUCAACGUGUCCUAUUGGUGCUGGGAAGACAUGUCUCCCUUCACCAACACCCUCCUCCAGUGGCUUCCCCAGGAGCCAAGUGAUGCUGGAUUUUGUGGUUAUUUAGCUGAACCUUUCCAGCAGGGACUGAAGGCAGCCACGUGCAUCAACGAGGUCAACGGCAGCGUCUGCGAAAGGCCAG